GUUAAUUACAAGACUCUCGAAUAUCGAUGUUGAAAAUCAUCAGUAUUUUUGACGAUCCUCAGAUGCAACUGACAUGGCUAUACAUUAAUAACCCCAUUGAUUCUCAGUGAUGAAUAAUAAUAGACUGAAAUCUUUGAAGAAUAACUGAAGGUGGAUUGCAAAUCCAUCAACCAUUACGCUUUUAUGGUGAAAACUUCCAGCAACAAUUUGUGGGGGAUGGCUACAGCUUGCAUAGUCGGCCCAUCACAUCCACACACCAUCCACCAAUCUGCGCAUACCACUCACCAUCAGCUCCUCACCGCUCUUCUUCCCCACAACGCACAUAUCCCACACUUGAACCUACAACACUUCACUCCUGGACUCACCCCUCACCUCUCCAUUCUGCACGAGGCUACUAGAAACCACAUCCAGUUGGCUUUACAUGCUCCCUCUCCUACAACCAUAAGCCUACCGUCCGGUGUCCAGUUCAGUUUACCUCCAGCCACUGCUCAACAACAAAUUUCUCUCCCUGCUCCAUCUCAAUUAUCUUUGGCUGGAGCAGCGCCGUUGAAUUUUCCGCCACCUACGCCUCAGCUGGCACUUCCAGCGCCUCCGCCUGCCGCUCCCCAGCAAAUUUCGUUACCCUCGAACGGACUCCACGGCAGCGCUCCUCCCGCCUCGAGCUCCAGGGCCGCCGCCCCGCCUGCCGCUACCGUCAAGCCACAGACGAGCAGCGCUAGUCCAGCGUCCUCGGUCGCGCUCUCGUCUGCCUCGACGCCUACGGUCUCUGUGCGACCUGCUACUCAUGAGCCCAGCGAACUCAGAACUCUAUACGUAGGCAACCUGGACAACAGUGCAAGCGAGGAGCUGCUGAUGGCAGUCUUCAGCCACAUCGGACCUGUCAGAAGCUGCAAACUUAUCCACGAGGCUGGUAACGACCCUUAUUGCUUCGUCGAGUUCGCGGACCGAGCGAGUGCGGAGAACGCUUUGCACACCAUGAACAAACGACUCUGCUUAGGCAAGGAAAUGAAGAUCAACUGGGCUACCUCUCCCGGAACGCAAGGCAAAGUCGAUACCAGCACGGCGGUGAUUUGCGGGGACCACAUCGUCCACACGAACCCUCAUUGCCUCCCUCCACACACUCAAGUGAUAACUUCACCUCAAACCCAAGUGAUGGGUCUACCUCAACACUCUCAGUAUCACCUGACGCCCCAAGACAUCAGCAGGGUGGUUGCUCCACGCUAUCGUUCCCAAGAACUAACAGAACACUAUCACAUUUUCGUGGGAGAUUUGAGUCCUGAGAUUGAGACGUUUUCCCUAAGAGAAGCCUUCGCCCCCUUCGGAGAAAUUUCUGACUGCCGGGUCGUGCGGGAUCCCCACACACUCAAAUCCAAAGGCUAUGGCUUCGUGUCGUUCAUUAAGAAGGCGGACGCAGAAACGGCGAUUACGAACAUGAAUGGCCAGUGGAUCGGCAACAGGAACAUUCGCACCAACUGGGCUACCCGCAAGCCCCCUGCACCCAAGACAAGCGAUGCCAAUCAGAAGCCUCUGACGUUCGAUGACGUGUACAACCAAUCGUCGCCCACGAACUGCACUGUCUACUGCGGGGGCAUCACUAACGGGCUCUCCGAGGAGCUCAUGCAGAAAACUUUCUCCAUAUACGGCAGCAUCCAAGAAAUUCGGGUUUUCAAAGACAAAGGAUACGCCUUUGUUCGGUUCUCGACGAAAGAGAGCGCGACGCACGCUAUCGUCUCUGUGCACAACAACGAAAUCAACGGCCAGCCUGUCAAGUGCUCCUGGGGGAAGGAGUCUGGUGACCCCAACAACACCCCUGUCACCACCCAGGUCAUGACGCUGACCGACGUUUCGGAGUGCCUGUCUCUGCAGCCUCUGCCCGGCUCUCAAUAUCCCUACAACUAUCCGACUGGACAAAUGGGAUAUUGGUAUCCUCAAGGAUAUCCUACAGCGGCCCAAGUCCAGGGCCAGCAGUUCCUUGGCAUGCAAGGCUUCACCUACGGACAGUACGGAUACCAGCAAGGAAUGGCUGGCAUGGCUGGAGUGCCCACCGCAGCCACCGCCUGGCAGGGAGUCCCUCAGCCACAAAUCCCAUCAGCUGCAGCUGCUGCUGCUGCAGCUGGUCAGAUGGCUCAGCUGCAGCAGCCACCCUCGAUGGUCGGCGCUUAUCCUGUCCAGCAGUUCCAGCUGUCGACCCCGUACAUCAUCGGAGGCGCUCCAGGCACUUUGGUGCAGUAAGGAGAAGCAGUAGACCUCGUGUCUUCGUUACGACCACUCUAGAGAUGAUCCCUACUUUGCGACCCCAUCAGCCAUCUUCUCCAGACACUUAAUGUCUAGAAUCAAGAUCAUCUUCAUUGGAGUCAAUCUGCAUUCAUCGUAGAAAGCAGAUGAAAUUAUUUCAACACUGCCUUCGAUUCAAGAAAUCUGUCUCUCUUACAGUAACGAGAAAGGCAAAUGUCCAAUCUAUUUUGAAAGAAUUCAUCUCAUCUACAGACGAAAAUUUAGGACGGAUCUUACGUUUUUUUCAUUUAUCUGUACAAUAUAAGUGUGCAGACAAACGGAGUGCAUAAUUAUUUGAAUUUCGUUUCUUUCAACAAUGUUGCUGCUGCCUCCUCUCCCUCUGUCAUAGGAUCACUACGCCCCAAAUUGGCUCUGAAAAAUCUAUUGACGUGAAAUACUCGAUAUACCUCCAACCACCUACAGCAGUCUGUUGAGUCUGGAAUCCUUUUAUUUCGCAGCGUUUCUUCUCAAAAUGGACAUGAACUUGUGUGAUAAAAUUUUGAACUCUUUGACUUACAAAAUCAAAACUUUUCUAUCAUCAACUUUUCGUGGAGCAGCAGCAUUGUUAUCGAAAUCAUCUGUCUGUACAUAAGAAUAUAUAGUGCAAUAUUCAGUAACUGUUGAAAGCCCUAGAUUAAGGUGAUAAGUAAUGCACUAGAAAUGGUUAUAGCAUUGUUAUAUUUGUGUGCAAGGUUCUAUAUUUUGGUAUAACAUGGUGCUUUGAUUUGGCUAAAUUUUGUUCAGUUCCACAGGCUUUAUAGGUUUGUGCUUGCACUGUACAAAGAUUCCUGAAAGUUGAAGUCCUAAACAGAAUUUACAGCUGCCUCAGCUUCUGAUUCCGGUAAUCAGACGCUGAAGCGGCGCUAAGUUGUGUUGAGGCUUGACUGGUCAAUGCUGUAUGACCCGAAGGCAUCAUACAUAAAGAAAUCAGAGUCAGCAGAACUGAAGUGGGUGUAUGCUAUUGGCCCAGGUAGCGGUACAUUUGAGCUUGGUUCGUUUAUAUUAGUUUGACCGUUACAUGAAUAGCUACGUAAGUACCCAUGUAAUGAGUGAGCCGUUUUAAAUGGAUAAGUGACCCUGUGCCGUCAAUGUCCAGCCUACCCUAGCUGUGUAUAGGUGUUCCCGUGCUUUGUAGUACCGCUAGUUCCAGACGCAGGACUUAGUUUCAGUAAUCUUAUUAUGUUCUCGUAUUCGAUUCAAUCCUCUCAAGUUACGUGCUUUCAAUCAAUGCUUGACUUAUCCGCAUCAAGAUAAUUUCCGCUGUUAAACGUUCGGCGAAUUCGUUUGCACCUAUAUCAAUAUUUAGCAAAUAAUAUCAUUUCUGCCAAAUGUUGGUCAAAUUUUCUUUAUUCGAGACACUCUCGAGCUUGAGCUUGAAUAGCUUGCCUGCCAUUAUUUACCUAUUGAGAUCGAAGAGAAUAUGAUAAAAUUGUGAUCAUAGUCCUGUUUCUAGCCAACGCUUAGUGUAAUGUGCCCAUGUGUGUAGUACGUGGAAACAUAGAGGUGUAGUGUAGGGCCAUGAUGAAAGUACUACUUUAAUUAAGGUGACAGAAAAUAGAGCUGCUCUCCUUCAUCAGCUUAACUGAUCUCUUUUGUUAACAUCGACAGGAAUAAAUAUUGCGGUGUUGCAUUGUCUAAGAGGUUUAUGGUUAUUUCAUAGUCAGUCAGUGCAAUAACCCAUAUAUUCUUCGCAUUUUGAUUAUUAAUAUACCUUAUUACUAGUGUACUGUCCAAACCUUAUCGAUUUACCUCGAAGAACGCAACGAACAAAAUUUCUAUGGUUUUGACACUUUUAUAUCUGUGAAAAAUUUACUAUGGAGCUUUGAAUUAACUACCGGUUAAUUUGUUUCAGAGUUUUUUCAUAUUUAUUUCUGAACCCAGCAGUGCUGCUGCUGUUGUCAAUUGUUUUGCUAUGAAGAUGAACAGCCUCCUGUCAGGCCAGCCUCCGUUAGCCUCCGCCUCGCCAUGUAUUGCAGCGCUGUGAACCGAGCCACUGCUGCUGCGCGUUCAUCUGAACUACCGUUUAUGACACUUGAGUCGCCACUGUUUUAAGUCGCCGUCUUAUAAUAGAAACUAAAGAUGUUAUAAAUGAAAUAGUACUUUCUUCUAAAAUUAUGAAAGCAAAGUAAAUCGUACAACACUACGAAAUGCCGCUAUGGCGCUUCAACGCAAUUUCUAUUGAUAAACUGCGAACUAAGUCCAGUGGCGACUCACGUGUCAUAGACGGCGUGUAAACUAAGUUGUUGUAGCUUUCGUGUCGAUAAUGAAGUUUUUAGAAAUGUUCUGUGCGGACAAGUUUGAUUUUAUUUCUUAUGGUGUCUCAUGCACGAAAAAAAAACAUUUUCACAUGUAGAUGAUGGGAUCAAAUCAUAUGCAAUUGCACUGUGACUAACAUUGGAGCCUAGCUUCUUUCGUUUCGGUUAUUAUAUAGGAUGCAUACUAGAGUUCUGGUGGCAUUAUACAAGCAGAAGGUAAGCUUUCACUAGAACAUAAGACUGUAAAAUAUUUUAGUGAAUUAGUGGUACAUAUAUACUGCAUAGAGAACAUGCACUAGCUACUGUAUGUAGAGAAACCCAACUUACCUUAGAUGGCUUUGUACCAAAGAGAGUGGAAGAGUUUCAAAUUCAGGGAAUGAUUUGAGGUCCUGAAUUUCUAACUCUGCCAUAGCUUGCAGUAGAUUUGCUUCGUUGCCUACCAGCUCUCGAUGCAACCUGACAGUAUUACUUGCGUAGUAGCAAAAUGGUUCACAGGAGGUGCAUGGUUGUCGCAUGGUUCUAAGGCUAGAAGAACCUAAUUAUUUUAAUGAAAGAUUCUCAAGACACGGUCUCAUUCUCUAUAUUUAUGAGUACUCUACAACCUGUGACAGUUUCCUCACUCAUAUCUUCUAUGCAAUCCGAAUUACGAUUUUCUGUACUUUCAGACAUUUUCUGUUCUAGUAUUACUAGAUACUGACAUAGGAAAUAAAUACUGGCUUGCUGCUGUUUCAAAGACUGUCACUUAGCUACCACUUACCGGCUUUCACCUCUAUGUCUAGUAUUGGGUUGAUUUUAUGCCUAAGGGAGAAUCUUGUUUUUCUGUCAAGAUUUUAUUAAUGUUGAAUUGAAUGUGUAACGCUCGAAAGCGUUUAAAACGCGUCACGAAGCUAAACGAUUUGCUUAACUCGGAACCAUAGAAUUAUCAUGAGAACUAAAAUAUUCAUGCCUAAAUUUUCAAGUGGUGGCAAACCGAAAAACUAGAAAUGUGCUACCAAUGUCGGCGCUUCUCGAUCGAAGUUCAGCUCAAAGUUACCAAAAACACAAGAAAAUCAUUCCUAAUUAUGAAAUAUGAAGGCUUCUCUACUUCACAUGAAUCGCUUAAGCUUGCAUUUAAUUGAGUAAUUCAAUCUUCCAUUCAUUCAUCUCCUACUCCAUGAGCCCAAGAUUCUCAGUACUGUUUCUCAUUACGAAUAGGGUGCUAUGUCGAACAAGUCGUGGGGGCGAACUAUAGAAUAUUUCAACGGUAGUGGUAAGAUAAGUGAUUGACAUAUAUUCGUUGUAUACAUGUCAUCGUUGUUUCUGUGGGAAGCAUACUUUGUGCAUUUGUGUUUUCGAUUUCAAAAUCCUUUUGAGCAUUGGUUGUCUGACCGCGAUACAAGAGUUUGAUUGAGAAUGCCAUUUCCGGGAAAAUGUAAAAAAUGUCAAGGUUCACAUUGUUGCAAAAUAAUUUUUCUGAUAAUUUUAAGUAAUUAAAAAUAAGCUGGUAGCUUCGGAGCAAGACCACAGAACCUAUGCCGUUGUUUAAGAUCGUUGUCUGGUGUCUGACAUGGUUGCCUAUAAGCUAGAGAUUGCAAAUCUUCGUAGAUUUUCCUUCGGUUAUAGUUCAGCAGGUGCUUUGGGGUUCGUGGAAAUAUAUAUUCCCACUUUCUUGCCUGAACCUGUUCGUGUUCACAUGAUUUUCGAAGCAUGAAUUAUGUAAGUGGAUACGAAAAUUUCGAAGAUUCUUUCCUCGGUAACGUAACUGCAUCAUCAUCGAUAUGAGUUUCAGGAGUUAGACGACAGCAUGUAUGAGCCUAAUAAAUGUUCUAGUUUAGUACCUACUCGAAUGGUCAUGGAAUAUGUAAAUGUCAUGCCAGCGACAAAAGUUAAGGUGUAGUCGUCGAUAUUUUGUUUAAUUGCAGUUAAUUAAUAUUGAGAGUAUUUUUACAUAUAUCGAUAUUCAUAUGUUAUCAAUCAGACUUUCACACUAUCCAGUUGUCGGGUGCUAUUUGUAAUCCACGGUGCAGUCAACGCAGAUACCGACUGUGCAGAAAUAAUGGGCUAAGACAGCAAAAAUAAAGACUGCAUGCCCAGCUGAGUGUAAAGGAAAUGAACAUUUUGAGCCAAAGGCUGUACUAGAGAAACAACUGCUGCAAGAUCUUGUCGUAUGCAAGACAAAAAUAUUUGGUCGUCCUAUCGAUGUAAUUUGUAAUUUGACUGUUGUUACUCGAGACUGCAUUGAUGAUCCAAAGUUUUGGAAAAAUGUAUAUAUAUAUGAAUUAAUGUCUAUAAGAAACCAAGAUACUUUAUAUCAUUUCCUACAAAAUUUGAAUUAUAUUUAUAUAUAACAGAAAAUUUGGCCAGCUUAACUUAACGACCUUGCCUAUGAUCGUUGAAUCAAGGGCAUACUUACGAGAAUGACAGGACGUGUGCUGAAACGAGUUCUUCACUAAGAGCUUGACAGGAGUUGAACCUAAAUCGCACUGUAUCUUUAGCGUUUGUGGAUAAUCUUUUGAUGAAUUACAGGCCUGUUUUCAGUUAACACAACUUCAUAAAGCACAAGAUAUCCAGUAAUGCUUUGCUUCUUGCUGCCUUUGCUAAUUUUUACGCGUGGGCCCCUAAUCUAACCUCCGCCGUUCAUGACACUGGUUCUCUCAACUUGAGACAUCGAAAAAAUUUUCGCCUAACGCUAAAUGACUCAUAAUGCCUAAAAAGUGUUCAACAUUUUUCUAGAAUGUCUUUACUUUGCCUCUACUUGGUUAAAUUGUCUCGAAACUUGCGCCACCCGCCUAUAGAGAGCCCAGCCAAUGUAAUGCCUAGUGACAAUCUGCUUGGAAAAGUAGGUGUAUAAAUUUAAGUAAUUCUUUUAGCAUGCAUGGAUAAUUUUUCCAAAGUACGAAACAGUUUUUCGCAUAAAUAAAAAACAGUUAGGGGAUUUGUGGUCAUACAACUUGAACAAGUGCAUUUUCUCCUGUAUUUCCAUUUACGACAUUUGGGAUACCUACCUAUUACUGGAACCACUUUUAUUCGCAUGGCUUGAGUUAUUUCUUCUGAAUUACAAAAAUUACAACGGGAUUCCUUAAAACGUGACCAACUGGUUGAAGAAUAAAUGUCUAGUCACUACAUAUAUAGUGUAGAGGUUUGGGCAUGAACACGGUGACUUAGGAAGAUAUGAUUGUAUAGUUGUUUUUUACACCCGCUGUCAGAGGUUGCUUGAGUUCAAUCACUCAAAUUCAACCAAGACUGCUGUAGAUACUACCAAAGAUAUGUAUUAAGCAUAUAUAGGAGGGAUAAAGCUCAGAUAAUUAAACAAUGGAUGAUA